CUUCCAGCUCCACCUUCAGAACCCCACAGUACGACACGCGUCAAGUUGCUUGCCAGUACUAGAAGCACAAAUCGUCGUUCGCAAAAGGCUCGAUACUCCAGAUAUAGCGCGUCACUCUAGCUACAUUUACCAGCAGUCUUCGAUAGAUAACUGACCGAUGCAGAUACACAAUGUCGUAUGGACCUGCCCGUCUCUCAGGACGAUGGUGCAUGCGCGCAUUUUUCAGCUUGCGGUUGCCCUCCGUAGCCUUGUCGACGACGUCCGGCGACCAAGUUGACUUGCCAUCACUGUCUGGUCUGAAAUUUCGCUUUUGCUAUCCCAGAACUGGUGCGCCGGACGAGAAAAUCACGCCAACAUGGAACGCUGUACCUGGUGCCCGGGUUUGUACACCCCAGGUUUGCUCCUUCCGUGAUAAGAUAGACAAAUUUCGGCAGCUUAGGGUGGAGCAUUUAUACGGUCUGUCUACACAGGAUACCCAGUAUCAACAGGAAGCACGAGAGCGAUUGCAUUUGCCAUACGAUCUGCUGUCGGACGAUACGCUGGAGUUUGCGAUGGCGCUAAAGCUGCCGACGUUUGAGUGGUAGGGGCAAAGCCUCGUGACGAGGCUUGUGUUUGCAAUAGAGGAAGGGGAUAUCGCCAAUGGCUGGUAUCCUGUCUUCCCUCCGGACAAACGCGAAGAAUGUCACGGAGUAGCUGAAACGAGAUGAAAAGCGUGAAUGCUAGCUCGCUUGGAACAGCGCUUCGUCGACUUUAGGGCACAUCUUCUUAGUCACCCAGCAAAGCGCUAACUAGCUGAGACACUAAUUCCAAGUGUUGUGCUGCAGCAUCAAUAGUAGCUCAACGUAAAACACCCAAUCGAUUACCGAAAAGAGAGACUCGCAACCUCUGGCUGUUUGCUGUCUGUCUAGCAA